UGAGUUUUUAGUGUGUAAUCUUUUACCGGUCAGACCAACCAGCUAUAUUGGUACUUCAAACCAAUAUUUAUUCAGUCACAGGUUAACAACUCGUGUCACACUGUAGAGUUAGUUAAUUAAUCACUACACAUGAUGAUGAUGGAAGGAAGGCAAGGAAAUAAGCUCCUAUUCACAAACAUUUUGUUCAUCCUUUUGCUUCAAUUGCUUGAUCUCUCCUUAGUAAUUGGGGCUAAGGUUCCUGCAAUCAUCGUGUUCGGCGACUCGUCCGUGGACGCAGGGAACAACAACUUCAUAUCGACGGUUGCUCGGAGCAAUUUCCAGCCAUAUGGACGUGACUUUAUGGGUGGAAAACCAACUGGGAGAUUCAGCAAUGGCAGAAUAGCAACAGAUUUCAUAUCAGAAGCUUUUGGAAUCAAACCAUACAUACCAGCAUAUUUGGAUCCUAGUUAUAACAUCUCACAGUUUGCUACCGGUGUCUCUUUUGCUUCUGCUGCUACUGGUUAUGAUAAUGCCACUUCAGAUGUCCUGUCUGUUAUACCAUUAUGGAAGCAAUUGGAGUACUACAAGGUUUACCAAAAGAAGCUAAGUGCCUAUCUUGGAGAAAAAAGGGCAAAAGAGACAAUUGCCAAAUCAUUGUACAUAAUAAGUCUAGGAACAAAUGACUUCCUAGAAAAUUACUAUACAAUUCCUGGCAGGGCAUCUCAAUACACACCUAGAGAGUAUCAAAAUUUUCUUGCUGAAAUAGCUGAGAAUUUUGUCCACAAACUUUAUGGUCUUGGUGCUAGGAAAAUAUCCCUAGGAGGUUUACCUCCUAUGGGGUGUUUACCUUUGGAAAGAACAACCAAUUUUGCUGGUGGGAAUGAUUGUGUGUCCAAUUACAAUAACAUUGCAUUAGAGUUCAAUGAUAAACUCAAUAAAUUAACAACAAAAUUGAAGAAGGACCUUCCUGGGAUCAAAUUGGUGUUUUCAAAUCCGUAUGAUAUUUUGUUGAGUAUUGUUAAAAAGCCAGCCCAAUAUGGAUUUCAAGUGACCUCAAUGGCAUGUUGUGCUACUGGAAUGUUUGAGAUGGGAUACGCAUGCAGCAGGGCUAGUAUUUUCAGCUGUGUGGAUGCUUCUAGAUUUGUAUUUUGGGAUUCAUUCCAUCCAACAGAGAAAACAAACGGUCUUGUUGCAAACUACUUGGUGAAGAAUGCGUUGGCUCAGUUUUUACAUUAGAAAGUUAUUUUCUGAAUUUGAUGUGUGUAAUAAUUUGGAGCCAAUGUUUUGAGUUUUUUUAAAUGGACUUUUUCGAUCAUUUCUACGUCUGAAUUGUUUGAAAAAUGCUUUUCCUUUUA